AUGAGUGUUCAAUUUCAACUAUCAUCAUGCUUAUGGACUCCCAACUCUCCAUCUCCACAAUUUUCUGCAAAGUUUCUCCCCAACCGUCCAAGAUUCUCCACAUCACCUCUCCCUGCCACACCAACACUCUCAUCUCAAUCUCCAACCAUUCAGAUAAUUGGCAACAACACAUUUGAUGGUAACCUACGGGAGACUGAUAUUUGGACUGCUAUUGACACUGAUCUUUCUCACUGGACAAAUGUUUUGCGUCCUGUGCAGUGGUUUCCUGGUCAUAUUGCAAAAGCAGAAAAGGAACUGAAGGAACAACUUAAGUUGAUGGAUGUUGUUAUAGAGGUUCGGGACGGUCGUAUUCCGUUGUCCACAAGUCAUCCACAGAUGGAUUUAUGGCUUGGUAAUAGAAAGAGAAUUUUGGUUUUAAAUAGAGAAGACAUGAUAUCGACUGCAGAUCGAAAUGCUUGGGCAGAAUAUUUUGCUAAGCUUGGAACAAAGGUUGUCUUCUCCAAUGGGAAGCUUGGAAUGGGCACUUUGAAGCUUGGCCGGUUAGCAAAGGAAUUGGCAGCUGAUGUAAAUGUUAAACGGAAGGCUAAAGGAUUACUUCCUCGUCCGAUUCGAGCUGGAAUAGUUGGAUACCCUAAUGUUGGAAAGUCGUCUUUGAUCAACCGUUUGUUAAAGCGAAGAAUGUGCCCAGCAGCUCCAAGGCCAGGAGUUACAAGAACAUUGAGGUGGAUUCGAUUUGGGAAAGAUCUUGAAUUGCUGGAUUCUCCCGGGAUACUUCCUAUGCGAAUCAGUGACCAGUCAGCCGCUAUAAAACUUGCCAUAUGUGAUGACAUUGGAGAGAGAUCCUAUGAUGUGGAUGAUGUUGCUGCAAUUCUUGUACAGAUGCUCUCAAAGCUUCCAGCUGUAGGUCGAGAUGCACUUUGUAAACGAUACAAGUUUCACGUAGACAGUGAAUGUGGUAAAAUAUUCGUAGAGAAGCUUGCGCUUCAUUUGUUCAAUGGAGAUGUUCAUCAAGCAGCAUUCCGAGUCCUGUCAGAUUUUAGAAAAGGUAGGUUUGGUUGGACUGCACUGGAGAGGCCUUCUAGGUGA